GAACACCACCUCAAGCAUUUACCUGUCAAAUAGAUACUGGCUCAUCUGAUUUAUGGGUACCUGACGUUUCGUGUGUUGGAUCAGGAUGCUCUGGCAAGCACAAAUUUUCGUCCAGUGACUCCACCUCGUAUGGGGGUGACGGUGUUCCUUGGAGCAUUUCUUAUGUCGAUGGGUCAUCCGCAUCAGGUGUGACAGCAACUGAUACAGUAAAAGUUGGUCAGUUCGUAUUAAAAGGUCAACAGUUUGCGAGGGCAACGAGCAUGAACGACGGCUUCCAAAGCCAGUCGUUCGAUGGCAUCAUAGGGUUAGGCGGACCUCAAACUGCUGUUGUUCCAGGGACAGUAACGCCAAUUCAAAACAUGAAAAAUCAAGGUUUUAUAAAGACCCGCUCAUUCGGUGUAUGGUUAGGCAAAGCAGCCGAGGGCGGCGAAGGAGAAAUCACUUUCGGCGCGUUCGAUCCUGCUCACAUAGUCGGCAAACUAACUUUAAUUCCUCUUGUGGGUGGAAGCUUUGACAGCACUGGGCUUUGGACGGUCAAAUUAAGCAAAAUAUCUGUUGGCG